AUGAAAAUAUGCCAAGACGCACGACAUGUAUUUAAGCAUGUCGUUCCAGAAACCAUAUAUAUCGGAUCAUUCAACGGGACUGCCACACCUGGAAAUGUCCACGAUCCGCCAUUACUACACAUCUACCUCAUUGAGAAAUUACCAGGCGUUCCACUCAGCAGCGUGCUACAAAAUCGGAGUAUUCACAGCAAGUCAUUCCGGCAACAUCUCAUCCAAGAUCUAGCACGUAUAUUCGCAACGUCAUGCCAUCACCGCAUCCUCCCUGCUCAUCCUCACGCAAAGGGCCGUAUCGGGUCCUCCCUCCAUCAACGGGUUGACCUCCUCACAACCAUGUCGGAUGUCCAGCUCGCAAGUGAGGCGCAAGCCGUCCGGGACUACUUACCUCGUAUUGAGCAACUGCCCUGGUGUUUAACCCACGGGGACCUCAUCCCGAGUAAUAUCAUGGUUGACCCGGACACGGGCCACAUCACAGGGCUGCUGGACUGGGCGGAGGGCGAGUGGUUACCUUUGGGGGUGGGAAUGUAUGCCGUUGAUGAGUGUCUGGGGAGGGAUGAUCCCGACAAGGGGUUUUUGUAUUUCGAAGACCAUGAGGAGUUGAGGAUGGUGUUUUGGCAGACGUUUUUGGGACUUUGUGAGUGUACAGCGAUUGAUGAUGGUUUUAAGGCGGUGGAGGUGGAAAUGGCGCGGAGGUUGGGGGUGCUGCUCUGGAGGGGGAUAGCGUUUGAUAAUGGGAGACUGGAUCGGUUAGUUGAGGAGGGGAGGGAUGAUGUAGAGAUGGGAAAGUUGAGGGUUUUGCUGGAUGCGCCGAGUGUGCUGAGUCUGUUGACGGUUGGCCAAGUUGAGCAUGUGAAGGAUGUCGAGGGUUGCUGUUUGACAAAGGUGUAG